UUCAUUUGGCUAUUGUUUUAUGGUCAUUUGAUCUGUGGAGUUUCUCGAUUUCAUCGUUUUUCGAGCCAAUUAAGUUAUAGAAUUUGGUUUUGCGUUUUGGAUCCGUUUUUCUCGGGGAGAUAUGGGGGGUUCAAUGAUGGAAGGUAUUGUGUGAAUCUCCUCUGGGCUUGGGGGUGACUGAGUUUUGAGAGCUUGAAGCUUUUAGUACCUUAGCCUCUUCUUCUUGUUCUAUUUCCUGCAAAGAAAUUUAGGAAAUGGGGUUUUGUGGUGAGACAGAGAGUGGCGAGAGAAGAAUGGUCGAGUGAACUGAAAGAAGGCAAGUCUGAGAUUUUAGCUUGAUGAAUUGAUGGGGAAAGGACCGAAAGUGGAGCGCGAUAUGCGUUUGUUAAUAGACAGAUUCACACGCAAGAAUCAGACUUCGAGUUCUUUUAAAAUAGUCUCAAAUUGAAGAAGCUUUGCCUUUUCCUUCUCUUCUCUAACUCUUUACAUCUUUUUGGGGCUUCUGUUUUUUCUUCUGAUACCUUUUUGGAGACUGCAAAGCUGAGGCAUGGAAGUAAAGGUCGCCGCGACCUGUUUACAUUGGUCUCAGUCAGUAGCUUCUCACUCCCCUUCGUUGGCUCAGACGAUAGCCUCUGCAAUUUCAUCUCCUUCCUCGAAAAAACAGAGAGGAGGAGAUCGAGCUCUGGUCUGCCGAUUCGUCCACAAAUUAGCUUUCUUAGGAACAACGUCAUCGACAAAACUGUUGAGAUCUCGAUCUUGCGAUGCCCCCAAGUCUAGACGCCAAUUUCUCAGGAGGGCUUGCAGCGCGAACUUAGAUGGAUACUCAGAGGAAGAGUUCGCGGAAAGUAUUCGGGAAUUAGCACGGAGAUUCAAUCAAACAAGCGAUGAUGAUGAAGAACAGAACAAUAAUUACCACGCGGAGGAUGUAGAAUCGGAUACUUCUAUUGUUGAUUCUAGGGAAAAGCAAGGCGAGAGCAACAGUAGGAACAUCGACGGUUGCAGUAUAAAUUCUGUACAAAGAUCGAGUUUUUUUCAGUCACCGAAGCUGGAGUCUGUGCAGCCUCCAUGGUUCCAUGUCAAGCUGGAACCACCGGACUGGCCUGGAAGGAAUGAGAUUAACCAGGCGAAUAUAGAACGAAAGGCAAACAGCGUGGACCUUCCCUUAUCUCUUAGAAUCAUAAAGAAGAAAAAGCAAUGCGAAGAAGGUUUCAGAGAAGCAGGGGAGACCGCCUACUGCUCCAUGAAGAAGGCCUUCUCAUCGAUGGUGUUCAUCAUUCGUGAGAUACACAGCUACACGUUGCAGAUGCGAGAGAUUCUCUUCUACGAAGACCUCCAAGAUAUUCUAGCCCGAGUACAGAAGGAGAUGCACGCCUCAUUCGUUUGGCUCUUCCAACAGGUUUUCUCACAAACACCCACUCUCAUGGUCUACGUGAUGAUUCUCCUUGCCAAUUUCACCGUGUAUUCGAUGGGAAACAAUUCAGCAAUCGCAGCCCCGCCACCACCGGCGUCGGCUGCCAUAGAGAUGGUAUCGGUGAAUGAGAACCAGCCCAAGAAUUUUGAUUCUUCUUCGGUAAUGAAGAAGUUUUCAGUUUCGUCUUCCGGGAAAACGGCCUUCGUGGGAGGACACAAUGGCGGCGGCGGUGGAAAGUUCCGCCGUGUUAUGAGUGGGACUGAGGGAGAUGGACCGUUCGAUGGUUCGUCCUCAUCAUGGAACUUUCAGUCUCUGUCUCAUCAUCAGGUAUCAUCGUUUGGGAACCCAAACCCAAACCCCACGACAACGGAGGGAGCGGAGUCGGCGUGGGUGGAGGCAGAGUCGGGAGGAGUAAGAAGCAAGGAAGAGAUGAAACUGUGGAAUUCGAUAGUGGACGAAUCGAUCAAAAUGCAAUCGGCGUUGAGAGAUGAGGCUCUGGAUCACGGAACUAUGCAGAGGUUUGUGUCGCCGGUGAAGGCAGACAUCGAAGGGGAGGAGGAAUCUGACUACUCGAGGACGGAACUUCUAUAUAACAUGGCCGUGUCUCAAGAGCCCAACAACCCUAUGCUACUUGCGAAUUACGCGCAGUUCCUCUACGUCGUCUUACACGACCAUGACAGAGCGGAGGAGUAUUUCAAGAAGGCAAUAGGGGUGGGGAGGAAAGAAGAUGGAGGAGGAGGAGGAGGAGGAGGAGGAGAUGCGGAGGCGUUGAGCAAGUAUGCGACGUUCUUGUGGCUGGGAAGGAAUGACAUUACCGCUGCGGAGGAGAUGUACUUGGAGGCGAUAUCGGCGGAUCCAGGGAACACGUACCACGCCGCCAACUACGCUCAUUUCUUGUGGAACACAGGUGGCGAAGACACUUGUUACCCUAUCGAUUCACUCGACAACGACUUCGACCUCGAUGCUUGACCAGUUGAGACUUAGAGACUGAAGACAGACACCCCACGAUCACACUAUCUCUGCUUCCCGUUGCAAGUGAAUACACACAGCCAAACACCACCGCCAAUCCCCAUCACCACCGUGCGGCAACCUCCUUUUUCCAAUCUCUCUCUGUCUCUCUCUCUCUAGAGUCAUUAGUAACUUAAUUUCUCUCAUUUUAGCUGGAAAAAAAAAUGGAAAGUAAUUAGAAAUAGGAAGAGCCUUUGGUGGAAAUCUGGAAAAUUAUGUUAAAUGCGGAAUCCUUUUGCUUCAAAGAUUUUUCGUUUUUAUUAUAUUUUUUUCUCUCUCUCUCACUCUUACUGUAAUGGUAAAUCAUUAUCAUUUUGAGGGAGGCUGUGAAGUUUGAACAAACAGCCAAUGAACGGCGACGUGAAACUUAUGCAGA